GUCGUUAAUACCCGCCCACCCUACUACCGCCGUUCGUAUAAGUUCGCCCGGCCGGAGGAACCGCUAGUGAAUUUAGUACGACUCGUGACGUCGCGGUACUCGGUUGUUCGGUCGUCGUGUAGGUACACGUUCACCCUUUGUCGGAGAUGUGACCGGUUCAGGAAGUGGCGUGCGUUUUUUUCGUAUGCAAUUAUCGCGCGUUUCGGAGCGUCCGUACGUCGGUAACCUCGAUUAUCGAAUGUAAAAAACGCGGGUAUACGUCGACCGCCAAGUUCGUAGUGCAUCGUGCGUCACGUUUCCUUCGCAAGGAUUCAAUUCGUAAAGAUUGCCUGGAAUAUUAUACAAUAUCGUAUACCUGAGUAGCGUCCGACCGGAGCUUGGUAUUCCGUCGAUGUCGUUGCAGCAUCUUACUCCGAACGACAGUACGCGUCGAUCUUUGCUUCCUUGUUCGGAUUGCGGGAACAGUACUGUGGAUCGACACUCCAACACGUUCGCCGGUCUUAAUUAUUGUUCGUCCUUCGAUUCGAGCGACCAGUGGUUAACGACGCGUUAAACUGCCGGCUAAUUAAUCGCGUCUGCCUGACUGACAUUCGUCGCGGACGUUUGGACAGGAGGAGGCGUCCCUCUGCGCGUAUACAUGAGCCCGGAAAAGAGGCGUCGCAGAAAGGUUGACACGUUCGCGGUGCCGCGGGUGAUCGGUAUGUAAUUCGAGCGUGAAAGAAUCCGUAUAAAAAAUCGUUAGAAAUCACGAUUUCUACGGCGAAAGUGAAUGACGGGUAGUGUAGUAAGAGAGUGGAAUCGCGAGUAGGGAACGUAAAUACAUAGAAACACGGUGGCGUGUCCGAUCCUUCCCUCUCUCUCUCGCGUCCUAAGCGAGAGUCGCGAGAAUCGAAUCGCUUCCAAUCGAGGACGAAAGAAAGAAGGCCGGUGCGUAAAACAUGUCGAGGUUGCUGAAAGGCGAACCGACCGGCGGUUAUGUCAUUGACUCGAUCGCGAAUCGUCGAAUGUAUUAACUCGGGCCGCGAAUGACGCGUAUCGUGGUGGCGUGAGUGAAGAAAGAAACGACGGCGGAGGACGCGCAAUUGAAACUCUACGGGGAGAACGGUGUUCUGUUCUGAAAGAAAAAGCAGGCCAGGCGUCGUGCCUCCUACUGCCUACCGGAAGUCAUAUGCCCAUACACGCGCGGAAAACGGUAAAUCAUCGUAGAAGCCAUCGGCUAUAACGAGCCUGCACGUUUAUUUUGCGUUGGACCGAAACACGCCUGCCUGCCUGCCUUCCCCCACCUCUGUGUUGUUCGUUUUCUUUUCCUUGGUUCACCCGGUGUUCUUCGUUGUGUUCCGUCCUUCUCUAAGCGUGCGGUCUGCGAGGAAAUCGAAAUGGUCGAGCUGUGCGGCAGCGGACAACCGACUUCAGCCAUGGGAGUAAUGGGAAUCGGUACGGUCGUGCCCGCGGCUACGUCGUCUUCGUCGUCAUCGACGACGACCACUGCGGCCUCUUCAUCGACGUCCGGACGCGCCGGGGUGCUCGAGACCCAAGUUCGCGGCCAGUGGUAUCGCGUGUUCGUUUCCUUGGAGGACGAUUACUUGAGCAUCUCGUUGGACGAGAGCUGCGAGAACAACGCGUUGAACAACGGUAACAUAAACAACAACAACGUCGAGAGUUUGAACGAUCCCGACGUGCCGGACUCCGUCGCGAAUCAGAAACGUAUCGUGCGCGUGGUAAAGAGCGACAACAACGGCCUCGGUAUCUCGAUCAAGGGCGGCAAGGAGAACAAAAUGCCGAUCCUGAUCUCGAAGAUAUUCAAAGGGAUGGCGGCCGACGCGACGGAACAGUUGUACGUGGGCGACGCGAUUCUUGCUGUGAACGGGGAGGAUCUGCGCGAGGCGACCCACGACGAGGCGGUGAAGGCGCUCAAGAGGGCCGGCAAGGUCGUCGAGCUGGAAGUGAAAUAUCUGAGAGAAGUGACGCCGUACUUUAGAAAGGCCUCGAUCAUCCAGGAAGUGGGAUGGGAGCUCCAGCGAGGGUUCCUCAGCGCGACACCACCCCCUCCGAAAUCUCCACCGCGUGCGGAUACGCGUUAUCUGCCGCUGCAACUCUGCAGGCUCACCCGGUCUCAUCCUUCUUCCGAUCCGGAGGGCCGAAUCUUGGAACUCCAUUCCCCAGACGGAGUACACGAAUGCUGGCUAAGGGCCGCGGAUAACGCCGAAGCGAACGUGUGGUUCAACGCUUUGCACUCAGCGCUCGCAGCUCUUACGUUGAAGGCGUUACGACUGGCCUCGGCGCUUCCGGACCCGCCGCAGCUUCAACACAUCGGCUGGCUAGCGAGGAGACACUGUCUUCAGAACGGACGAGCCAGCAGCGAGAGCAGCGAGGAUGGAGCUGGUAGCAGCGCAAGCACCUCGCGAGGAGCCGGUAGCGGAUUCGGCUGUGCCGGCGGCUGGCGUAGCGUCUUCGGCGCCGUUUCUAGCCGGGAGUUGAGGCUCUACGAAUGCGCGCCAUGGAGCCCAGAGGCUUGGGCCUCACCGAGCAUCACCUGUCCCCUGAUCGCCACCAGAUUAGUAUCGUCACCGGCGAGGCAGAACGAAGCAGGGAGUAGCAGUAGCGGUCCGAUGCAACACGGGGCGACGUUCGCGGUACGGGUUGGCACCAUCGACGGUGUCGUGACACAUCAUCUUCGCGCCGAGACGCGGAGGGAUUUAGCAGCGUGGGCCAGAGCGAUCGUUCAGGGCUGCCACGCGGCCGCUCACUCGUUACGCGAAUACACAGUUCGUUGCACGUGGCAAGGUAAACCUUGCCAGUUGGUCGUCAACCACGAGGACGGUUUUGCGUUGUACGCGGCUGGGACCAGGGGUGUGGGUGGGAACGGGGUGAGUCCAGGCUCGCCCCCGACCCCACUCUGGAGAAGAUCCUUCGACAAAUUGAAAAUGUCCGCGGACGACGGAGCGCGUUUACUGUGGCUCGACUUCGGUGGCGACGAUGGCGAAAUUGAGCUGGACCUCGAGAGCUGUCCCAAGCCGAUCGUGUUUGUUCUGCACAACUUUCUCUCGGCGAAGAUUCAUCGAUUGGGCUUGAGCGCAUAGGGGUACGAGGGGGCCCCGACGGAGGCCCCCGACUUGCCACCCCACACCACCAGGUCCGUUACUAGCGUCUUCCUUCACUGAGAGCCUACCCGAACCAGCCGAGGGAGAAGAAAAGGGGAUGGCAAUAAUGCAAUGAGAUAGAGAGACAGGAAUUAAUUAACCACGAAUCGCUCGACGGACCAGAGAAGGAGAUCCACGAUUUCAAUUUCUUGGUACUUGGAACUCGUGACAUCCACCGCGGCAGGUGGAUACGCGUACCCGCUUUUCCGGGUUUACAAGAGAACUGAACUCCUUAUUCGACGCGACUGAAAGUAUAUGAAGUCUAGUUAACGAGGCUAAUAACAGUCGACUCGGUGCCAUCCACCGCACGAUUCUCCGGGAGAAAUGAUAGCCGCGCACGCAACAAAUACGCUAGAGGGGAAGGUCGCUGGGAAAGUCGUAAACUAAUCAACACGCCUAACUAACCAAUUAAACAAAAAAAAAAAAACUACCUACCUAAGUAAAAAAAGAAUUAA